AUUCAGGCAAUUACUUGGAAGAUGUUGUCAAAAGAUUGUAGAACUUUAACAGCCUUUCAUUUUGGAAGGCUGGUGAAGUCGGAACACAUUUGGGUUGUAUUACUGACACUUUUUGGUUUAAAACAUUUAACUGCCCCAAUGUAUUGCACCAGGACAGAUUAAACAUCCCAAAAAGCUUUAAAAGGUAUAUUUAAAUACCUAGGGCAAAUGUGAUCAAGCAGGACAAGAACGGAUCUUUCACCCCCUUUCUACAGUAAAGCUUGAUGUUCCAUCGUUAUUCAAAGUCCAACACCGUGUGCAAGAAACUACGGAAACUCAUCAAAAGACUUGAAUGAAAACUGAAAGAAAUUAAAUCAAGCUGCUUUGUUUAAAAUGCUUAAAGAUCAGCAUCUAAUAAUGUAACUUGACUUCAAUCCAGAGAAUUGCAGCACAUUAGUAUUUCCCAUUAGAAAGAAUAGCAAGACACGGCAUAACAUUUGAAUAUAUUUAUUGACAUUGACAUAAUCAUAUUCUGCAUAAUCAGUACUACUUUUGAUACUAUAAUAAUACUUCCUAUUUGAGAUAUUUUACUAAACAGGGGUCCAAACACUGAGUAAAUAUAAUAAUAUGACCUAAAUGGUUUCUUUUUAUUGAUAUAAAUGUCUGAUUCAUUAAGUGCAUUGUGCCAAUAUUAAAUAAUAAAAUUAUUUUAUAGGCUAUUUAAAUAAUGGUUCAAAUUGGGAGUAUUUCAACUUUCACCAUCACCGUUUGACAAACCUGCGCAAUGUUUAGACUAUUAUCUAAUAACCUAAAUAUUGAUUUGUUAAUUUAACAAGCGCUUAAAAAUCAAUAAAAUGACAAGGCAGUUUAUGGGGCCCUUCAUCCUUCUCAGUGAAACAGGUGCGGCCAGGCCAUAUUAGCCCGCCCCUAUAUUACCGUAUUUGGGGAACUUCAGCAUUCCAAAGUGAAAGGGGCGGGGCGAUGACGCCACCUGUUUCUCAAUGGGCGGCGGGCUCGAGCUCACUCAGCCGGCAGAGUGAAGUAUUUUGGAGAAGUGGAGCCAGCGGGACGGACGGAGGAGAGCAGCGAGGCUUUGGGAUUUCAUAUGAAAACCACGGCUUUUAUUUAAAGUUGUGUGGAAUCAUGGAGCCGCGCCGGGUCAACUUGCUCUUGUUUUUAUUCACCAAUCACGUAUUUAUCAGCCUCCAGUCGAAAGAACAAGUGUUGCUGGAUAUGAGAGCUUCAGGAUCAGAGUUGGGCUGGUUGACGUUGCCAUAUGAGAACGGAUGGGAGAUAGUCCAGACGGUGGUGAACGGCUCCCUCUUCUACACCUACAGCGUUUGUAGCAUCGACUCCACCGAGCAGGACAACUGGUUACGCACAACGUUCAUCCAGCGCCGCCCGGGGGCCACGCGGGUCUCUGUGGAGCUCCGGUUUAUUGUGCGCGACUGCAACACUUUUGAUGGCGCUUCCGUCGCCUGCAAAGAAACCUUCAACCUUUUCAUCUCGGAGGCCGACGCCGACGUAGGGACCAACUUCCGCAAAGGCCAGUUCCGCAAGGUCGCCACCAUCGCUCCCGACGAGGUCACGCGGGGCCGCGUGCUGAAGGUCAACACGGAGACGAGGGCGGUGGGGCCGCUGUCUUCAAAGGGUUUCUACCUGGCGUUCCAGGACAUGGGGGCUUGCGUGGCUCUGCUGUCGGUGCGGGUGUACUACAAAACGUGCCCGUCCACCGUGCAGAGCCUGGCGGCCUUCCCGGAGACUGUGGCGGAUGCCCUGCGGGAGGUGGAGGGAGCCUGUGUGGAGAACUCCAUCGGUCGGGCCACCCCACGCAUCUACUGCACCGCUGAGGGGGAAUGGGUGGUUCCUGUGGUCCAGUGCCAGUGUCUCGCUGGCUACGAAGCCGCUGGGGACUCGUGCCAAGUGUGCAAACCAGGCUACUUCAAGGCUUCUGCAUCAAGCGAGUUAUGUCAGGUUUGCCCUGAUAACAGCAAGCCGUCCGCAGCCGGUGCCACUGAAUGUCAAUGCGAGGAAGAUUUCUUCCGGUCCCCUUCGGACUCCCCUACGUCACCGUGCUCUGCUCCACCCAGUGCCCCACGUGACCUGACCUCCACCUCCCUGUCGGCACAGGGCCGGCUGCAACUAUCCUGGAGCCCGCCGCUGGUGACCGGGGGCCGCAGCGACCUCACCUACAGCGUGGCGUGCGAGCACUGCGACGAGGCCUCAUGUGUCCCCUGCGGCGAGAACAUCCGCUUCGAGCCGGGCGCCACGGACCUGCAGGACAGCACGGUCGUCGUUGGCGACCUGGAUUCUCAUCUGAACUACACGUUCAUCGUUGAGGCUCACAACGGCGUGUCCCAGUUCGGCACGGACAGGCCCAUUGCCAGCAUCACCACCGCUCUGGACUACACAGAUCCCCCAAAGGUGACGUUAAUCCAUCUGGAUGAUCGCAGCCCCACAAGCCUGUCUCUGUCCUGGACUCUGUCUCGCAGGCCUCCAGCCCACAUCAAUCACCGCUAUGAGCUUAUGUACCGCAGAAAGGACGGUGAUGGCGAGCGGGACGUGACCACCUACACAGUCCUGAUUCUGGAGAAAAGUUCCGUCCAGAUUAACGACCUCACCCCAGACACUACUUACAUGUUCAGGGUCCAGGCCCUGAGUCCUGAAGGAAACCCCGGCACAUACAGCGUGGAGCACGAUUUCCUUACCUCACCAUUAGCUGAGUCACAGAUCCAGAACAACUCCACCAUGGUGAUGGGAGCUGUAGCCGGAGUAGCGCUUAUUCUGCUUGUUGUGGUGGCCGUCUUGCUGCUGCGUAGACGGAGAAUGAACUCUCGCGGCAGGGGAGGCGCGGAAGAUCCCUACUUCUCAUCAGAUCAGCUCAAGCCUCUGAAGACUUAUGUUGAUCCACACAUGUACGAGGACCCUAACAUCGCCAUCCAGAAGUUUGUCACAGAAAUCGACGCCACCGCCAUUAGCAAACAAAAAGUCAUUGGUGUUGGAGAGUUUGGGGAAGUCUUUUGGGGCGUGAUGAAGACUCCCAAGCGAGGGGAGGUGGCCGUGGCGAUCAAGACCCUGAAGCCAGGGUACUCUGAGAAACAGAGGCAGGACUUCUUGAGCGAGGCCAGUAUCAUGGGGCAGUUCUCACACCCGAAUAUCAUCCGCCUGGAGGGAGUUGUCACCAAAUUCAAGCACGCCAUGAUAGUGACAGAGUACAUGGAGAACGGAGCUCUUGACACCUACCUGAAGGAUCGCGAUGGAGAGAUCCCGUCGUAUCAGCUGGCGGGGAUGCUGCGUGGAAUAGCUGCCGGCAUGAAGUACCUCUCUGACAUGAACUACGUCCACCGCGACCUGGCAGCAAGGAAUGUUUUGGUUAACAGCCUCCUGGAGUGCAAAGUUUCUGAUUUUGGGCUGUCGCGUGUGCUGGAGGACGACGCUGAGGGCACCUACACAACAAGAGGAGGUAAAAUCCCCAUUCGCUGGACGUCCCCUGAGGCCAUCGCAUACAGGAAGUUCACUUCAGCCAGCGACGUGUGGAGCUUUGGCAUCGUCAUGUGGGAAGUGAUGGCGUUUGGAGAGCGGCCCUACUGGGACAUGAGCAACCACGAGGUCAUGAAGGCUAUCAACGAAGCCUUCAGGCUUCCGGCUCCGAUGGACUGCCCAUCCGCCGUCUACCAGCUCAUGCUCCAGUGCUGGCAGCACGACCGCUCCAAACGACCUCGAUUCACAGACAUUGUCAACAUUUUGGACAAAUUGCUUCGCAGCCCAGAGUCUCUAAAAACCAUCGCUGACUUUGACCCGCGUGUCUCCAUCCGCCUGCCCAGCAGCAGCGGCUGUGAUGGCACCGUGUUCAGGUCGGUGCCCGAGUGGCUGGAGUCCAUCAAAAUGAACCAGUACAAGGAAAGCUUCGCUCGCGCCGGGAUCACCACCAUGGAGCAGGUGCUCGCCUUGAGGCAUGAAGACAUCAGGAACAUCGGUGUGCGGCUGCCCGGUCACAUGAAAAGGAUCGCAUACAGCAUCCUGGGCCUGAAAGACGAGACCAGCUCCCUCAGCGUGUUCGCAGUGUAAUCUAAGCAUUCCACCAAAUCUACGUGCAUUGACCGACCAAUGCCAUUUCACUCGCGAACGAGCAGGACUGCAGUGAGGGAGGGGGUUUUGGGGGGAGUUACACGGCAGGGGGCUUAUUUUUAUGGCGCGACUGAAGAGGACCUUCUGAGCCCCUCAGACCGGACUGAGAUCAAAAACACUGAAGUACUUUAUGACGACAGAGGACAAAUAAUAAUGUUUUAUAUGUUUAACAUAAACAUGUGUUAUGUGAUGUAGUAAAUGAAAGAACAGUUAAAAGAUCCAGAAUGUGAGACAAUGUGAGAGUGCUUGGUUCCUAUUUACUGAAUGACUGAAAAAUGUAAAAUGUUUUCUUCCAAGCACUCACUUUUAUACUCCCAGUGUUUAAGGCUCUAGAAUUUUAUUUGUUUUUCUACAUGUUUUAUGAUCAACGAGACUUGCUUUUAAUUUGGAAUUUUAAUUCCACUCAGGGCAAAGAAUCACACAUUGUUGUUUUGUAGUUGGUCUCUGUAUCACAUAAUGCAGUUUUUCCUCAAGUCUUGUUUGUUUACAUCAUGUCUUAAACUGUCCAUUAUUUUUUUAUUUAAUAUUUAUUUUGUUUUGUAUUUAUGCCAUUCAUGAUGAGUAACUGAUCUGGUGUGUAUUCACCAGGCUGAGUCAUUUUGGGUUUAAAUAAAAAAUGUUUCCUUGUAA